AUGACAGAAGCCACACCAACCAAUGGAAGUGAUGAGUACCGUCCUCCAAUCUGUGACAUUGAUAGUCUGACACCAAAAGCAUUGACCUUCGUCAUUUCCCUGGUUGGGCUGACUGGAAAUGCAUCUGUCAUCUGGUUUUUGGGUUUCCGCAUGCACAGAAAUGCCUUUUACACCUACAUCCUAAACCUGGCUGUAGCUGACUUCCUCUAUCUCUGCUUUCAUAUGGUGAAUGUCCUGAAGGAAGUCAUCUCACUUACACAUUCAUUAUCAAUAAAUUUUCCUUUCCUUUUUCGCCUUCAUCCUCGGGUACUUACCCAUUGUAGUGACCUGUUCCUAGUUACAGGCCUGAGCAUGUUGAGUGCCAUUAGUGCUGAGCGCUGCCUAUCCAUCCUGUGUCCCAUCUGGUACCGCUGCCACCGCCCAAGACACAUGUCAGAUGUCAUAUGUGCCCUACUCUGGGCCCUGUCCCUGCUACUGAGCAUCCUGGAUGUGUACCACUGUUCCUUCCUAUCUAUAAAUUUCAACUAUUGGUGUCAGACAUUUAGUUUCAUCAUAGCUGCAUGGCUGAUAAUUUUAUUUAUGGUUCUCUCUAUAUCUAGCCUCACCCUGCUCAUCAAAGUCAUCUGUGGCUCUCGGAGGGUGCCGCUGACCAGGCUGUAUGUGACUAUUGGGCUCACAGUUCUGGUCUUCCUCUUCUGUGGCCUGCCUAUAGGCAUCAUGGAUUUUCUGUUGUUAUGGAUUGAUAAAAACCAUAUGAGUCUGCAUUUUUUAAAUAACAUUACUUUAUUUCUGUCUAGUAUUAACAGCAGCGCCAAUCCCAUCAUUUACUUGUUUAUUGGCUCAUGUAGGAGGGGACAACACCAUCAGAGGUAG